AUGAGCGCCAACGGGCCUGCCCCAGACCCAGCCCCUACCCCUGCGGCUGCAGAAGCCCCUCCUGCCCCCACCCCUGCCCCUGCUCCGGCCCCUGCCCCAGCUCCUGCGGCACCACCUGCUCCUGCCCCACCUGCCCCAGCGACCACUACCAUCCCGGUAGGUGCGUUGGCACAGAAGAAGCGGCAGCAAUAUGCCAAAAGCAAGAAACAGGGCAGUAAUGCCAACAGCAGGCCACCGAGGGCUUUGUUCUGCCUCAACCUUAACAACCCUAUACGCAGGGCCUGCAUCAGCCUGGUGGAGUGGAAGCCAUUUGAUAUCUUUAUAUUAAUUGCUAUUUUUGCCAACUGUAUGGCCUUAGCUGUGUAUAUCCCCUUCCCCGAGGAUGAUUCCAACUCCACAAACCACGAUCUGGAAACAGUUGAGUAUGCCUUCCUCAUCAUUUUCACAAUUGAGACCUUUCUGAAGAUUAUCGCCUAUGGUUUGGUGAUGCACCAGAAUGCAUACGUGAGAAACGGCUGGAACAUGCUGGAUUUUGUCAUUGUCGUCAUUGGACUGUUCAGUGUUGUCUUGGAGGUUUUGACCAAAGAUGAGAAGCCAGAAGCUGUCGGAGCUAGUACCCACCCGUCGAUGCACGGCCACGGGGGCAAGCCAGGUGGAUUUGAUGUUAAAGCCCUUCGAGCCUUCCGUGUGCUGCGACCCCUGCGGCUGGUCUCAGGAGUACCCAGUUUACAGGUGGUGUUGAACUCCAUCAUUAAAGCCAUGGUCCCUCUCCUUCACAUUGCCCUCCUGGUCUUGUUUGUCAUUAUCAUCUAUGCUAUUAUUGGCCUGGAGCUUUUCAUCGGUAAAAUGCACGCGACCUGCUAUAUUCCUGGCACAGAUGUGUUAGCGGAGGAGGAGCCAGCUCCAUGUGCAAUCUCAGGGCACGGGCGCCAAUGCCCCAUCAACGGCACCGAGUGCAGGGAGGGCUGGCACGGUCCCAACGGUGGCAUCACCAACUUUGACAACUUCAUGUUUGCCAUGCUGACGGUGUUUCAGUGUAUCACCAUGGAGGGCUGGACGGACGUGCUCUACUGGAUGAAUGAUGCUAUGGGAUUUGAGCUUCCAUGGGUGUACUUUGUCAGUCUUGUGAUCUUCGGCUCCUUUUUCGUUCUUAACCUGGUUUUGGGUGUGUUGAGCGGAGAGUUCUCCAAGGAGAGAGAAAAGGCCAAAGCUCGUGGAGACUUCCAGAAGCUUCGUGAGAAGCAGCAGCUCGAGGAGGAUCUGAAGGGGUAUCUGGACUGGAUCACUCAGGCCGAGGACAUCGACCCCGAGAACGAGGAUGAAGCCGAUGAGGAAGGCAAGCGCAAUCCGAGCGUUCCAGCCAGUGAAACAGAAUCUGUGAACACAGAGAAUCCAAAUGGAGAGGAUGAGAAAACGCCGUGCUGUGGACCUCUAUGUCAAAAAAUUUCAAAGUCAAAGUUCAGUCGGCGCUGGCGCCGCUGGAACAGGUGCUGCCGCAGGAAGUGCCGGUUGGCAGUAAAAUCGGUGCCUUUCUAUUGGCUGGUCAUCAUCCUGGUGUUCCUCAACACUCUCACCAUAUCAUCAGAGCACUACAACCAGCCUCUGUGGCUGACACAAGUGCAGGAUGUAGCCAACAAGGUGCUGCUGGCCCUGUUCACAUGUGAAAUGUUGGUGAAGAUGUACAGUCUUGGGCUGCAGGCCUAUUUUGUGUCACUGUUCAACCGUUUUGAUUGCUUUGUGGUGUGUGGAGGCAUCACCGAGACGAUUCUGGUGGAGCUGGAAAUCAUGUCGCCCCUCGGUAUCUCUGUGUUCCGCUGUGUCCGCCUGCUGAGGAUCUUCAAGGUCACACGGCACUGGCAGUCUCUAAGUAACCUGGUGGCUUCUCUGCUCAACUCCAUGAAGUCCAUUGCUUCCCUGCUGCUGCUGCUCUUCCUCUUCAUCAUCAUCUUCUCCCUGCUGGGCAUGCAGGUUUUUGGCGGCAAAUUCAACUUCGAUGAGACGCAGACCAAGAGGAGCACCUUCGACAACUUCCCCCAAGCUUUGCUCACUGUGUUUCAGAUCCUGACUGGAGAAGACUGGAACGCUGUCAUGUAUGACGGCAUCAUGGCGUACGGUGGCCCUUCCUCCUCAGGGAUGAUCGUGUGCAUUUACUUCAUCAUCCUCUUCAUCUGUGGAAACUAUAUCCUCCUGAAUGUCUUCUUGGCUAUCGCUGUGGACAACUUGGCAGAUGCAGAGUCUCUCAACACAGAUGGGAGACAAAAAAGGGUGACCUUUUUUUAUCUUUCGCUAAGUCUCCGUGUGAAAAAUAAUAACCGUGUUAAUGUUAUUGAGUGCAAGUCGACUGUUUUCACAACUUUAUUUGUUGACCGUAAGGAGGAGGAGGAAGACAAUGAUGACAACGCAGUGGAGGAGGAGGACCCAGAGGUUCCGGCAGGACCUCGGCCAGCCAUCUCCGAACUGGUAAAGAAGGAGAAGAUCAUUCCCAUCCCAGAAGGAAGUGCCUUCUUCAUAUUCAGCAACACCAACCCGAUUCGUGUGGCAUGCCACAAACUCAUCAACCAUCACAUAUUCACCAACCUCAUCCUGGUGUUCAUCAUGCUCAGUUCUGUCUCACUCGCUGCUGAGGAUCCUAUCCGAAACUUCUCAGCACGCAAUAUUAUACUUGGUUACUUUGACUAUGCUUUCACGGCUAUCUUUACUGUUGAGAUCGUUUUGAAGAUGACGACUUAUGGAGCUUUCCUCCAUAAAGGAGCCUUUUGUAGGAAUUACUUCAACCUGUUGGACCUGUUGGUAGUGGGAGUGUCGCUAGUCUCCUUUGGGAUUCAGUCCUCGGCCAUCUCAGUGGUGAAGAUUCUUAGGGUUCUUCGGGUUCUUCGACCUUUGAGGGCUAUCAACCGAGCCAAAGGCCUAAAGCAUGUGGUCCAGUGUGUGUUUGUGGCCAUCAGAACCAUCGGGAACAUCAUGAUUGUCACCACCCUUCUGCAGUUCAUGUUUGCCUGUAUAGGGGUCCAGCUCUUCAAGGGAAAGUUCUAUCGCUGUACAGAUGAAGCCAAGUCAAGCCCAGAGGAGUGCAAGGGCACCUACAUCCUGUAUAAGGAUGGCGACGUGAAUCAGCCUGUCAUCCAUAAACGACUGUGGCACAACAGCGAGUUCAACUUUGACAACGUCCUCAUGGCCAUGAUGGCUCUGUUCACUGUGUCCACGUUCGAGGGCUGGCCGGCGUUGCUGUACAAGGCCAUCGACUCGAACAGGGAGAACCUCGGCCCCAUUUACAACUACCGCGUUGAGAUCUCCAUCUUCUUCAUCAUCUACAUCAUCAUCAUCGCUUUCUUCAUGAUGAACAUCUUCGUAGGUUUUGUGAUCGUCACGUUUCAGGAACAGGGAGAAAAAGAGUACAAAAACUGUGAACUUGACAAGAACCAGCGUCAAUGUGUGGAGUAUGCUCUUAAGGCCCGACCGCUGAGGAGGUACAUCCCUAAAAACCCAUACCAGUACAAGUUCUGGUAUGUGGUGAACUCCACCGGCUUCGAGUACAUCAUGUUUGUGCUCAUCAUGCUAAACACACUCUGCCUGGCUGUACAGCACUACGGCCAGUCGGCGCUCUUUAACUAUGUAAUGGACAUCCUCAACAUGGUCUUCACUGCUGUCUUCACUGUGGAAAUGGUUCUCAAACUCAUCGCUUUCAAACCCAGGCACUAUUUCACUGAUGCUUGGAACACGUUUGAUGCCUUAAUUGUUGUUGGUAGCGUCGUCGAUAUUGCUAUCACUGAAGUUAAUAACACUGAGGACAGCGCUCGCAUCUCCAUCACCUUCUUCCGUCUGUUUCGAGUCAUGCGAUUGGUCAAGCUGCUGAGCAGAGGGGAGGGCAUUCGCACCCUGCUGUGGACUUUUAUCAAAUCCUUCCAGGCCCUGCCAUAUGUUGCUCUUCUGAUCGCCAUGCUGUUCUUCAUCUAUGCUGUGAUUGGCAUGCAGGUGUUUGGUAAGAUCGCCAUGGUGGAUGGCACUCACAUCAACAGAAACAACAACUUCCAGACCUUCCCUCAGGCCGUGCUGCUGCUCUUCAGGUGUGCCACUGGUGAGGCAUGGCAAGAAAUCAUGUUGGCAUGCAUGCCAGGCAAACUGUGUGAUCCAGAGUCCGACUACAACCCUGGAGAGGAGAUGACUUGUGGCAGUGGAUUUGCCAUCAUCUACUUCAUCAGCUUCUACAUGCUGUGCGCCUUCCUGAUUAUCAAUUUGUUUGUGGCUGUCAUCAUGGACAACUUUGACUAUCUGACACGUGAUUGGUCCAUUCUCGGCCCACACCACCUAGAUGAGUUCAAAAGAAUCUGGUCAGAGUAUGACCCGGAGGCUAAGGGCAGAAUUAAGCAUCUGGAUGUUGUGACCCUGCUCCGUCGUAUCCAGCCUCCUCUCGGCUUCGGCAAACUGUGCCCUCACAGAGUGGCAUGCAAGAGGCUGGUAGCCAUGAACAUGCCUCUGAACAGUGACGGCACAGUCAUGUUUAAUGCCACUCUGUUUGCGUUGGUUCGGACAGCCCUGAAGAUCAAAACAGAUGGUAAUCUAGAGCAGGCUAAUGAAGAGCUGAGGGCUGUCAUCAAGAAAAUCUGGAAGAGAACCAGCAUGAAGCUGCUGGAUCAAGUGGUGCCCCCUGCUGGUGAUGAUGAGGUAACCGUGGGGAAGUUCUAUGCCACCUUCCUGAUACAGGACUACUUUAGGAAAUUCAAGAAACGUAAAGAGGAAGGCCUGGUGGGUGCACACCCCUCCCAAAACAACACAGCCAUUGCUCUACAGGCUGGCCUUCGCACGCUGCAUGAUAUCGGGCCCGAAAUUCGCCGAGCGAUAUCAUGUGAUCUGCAAGAUGACGAGCUAGUAGACUUUAUUCCAGAGGAAGACGAGGAAAUUUAUAGGCGUAAUGGCGGACUCUUUGGCAACCAUAUCAUGAACGGGGGCCACCGGCGAUCCAAUGGCCACCAGACCAACGCCACCCAGCGGCCUCUUCAGGUGCAGCCGCCCCCUCACUACGCCCACAUGGAGCAGCCCAUGGGACGCUUGUGUCGAGCCAAUGCAAUGUCCCACCCCAACCACCAUCAUCACCACCACCACCAUCACCACCGCCACCACAACUCCUACGGCAAGUCACCCAAAUCCACCAACAUCAACCUCAACAAUGCCAACGUGUCCAGUCUGCCCAACGGGGGACACCAUCGCUACUACGAGCACGCGCCUCCCAACGGCUACCCAGGUCUGCGCAGCUCCUACUACGACUACGACAAGCCCCGGACGCCCCAGGGCCAAAGAAGGCGCUACUAUGAGACCUAUGUUAGGUCCCACGGAGGGGAUGGCCGCCACCCGACCAUCCGCAGGGAGGAGGAGUUUGACGAGGAUCGCUUCUCUGGAGAGUACUACAGUGGAGAAGAGUUUUAUGAAGAUGACAGCAUGCUGUCAGGGGACAGGUAUCAGAACAGUGACACGGAGUAUGAGACUCCCAAAGGUUACCACCACCCUGACAGUUACUAUGACGAUGAUGAGCAGCCUCUCUAUCGCGACUCACGGAGGUCGCCAAAGAGACGCCUGCUUCCUGCCACACCUCAAGGUCACAGGAGGCCUUCCUUCAACUUUGAGUGUCUGCGCAGGCAGAGUAGCCAGGACGAGCUUCCACAUCAGCGUACUGCUCUACCACUGCACCUUAUGCAGCACCAGGUUAUGGCUGUAGCAGGCCUGGACUCAAGCAGGGCCCACCGCCUCUCCCCAACCCGCUCCACACGCUCCUGGGCCACGCCCCCCGCCACCCCAGCCAGUAAAGAGCAGUCGCCAUACUACACCCCUCUCAUCCGUGUGGACCGCCCGCACAGGGAGAGUAUCGCCAGCAGCCAAGUGUCUGUGCGUAAGAGCUCAUGGUACACAGAUGACCCUGAGUACUCUCAGAGGACCUACUCACCAGUCCACCUGCAGGUACCGCCUGAGUACCGCAACCAGUACCACCAGAAGAGAGGCAGCGCCACCAGCCUAGUGGAAGCGGUUUUGAUAUCAGAAGGGCUUGGGAGAUACGCCAAGGAUCCCAAGUUUGUCGCUGCUACAAAGCAUGAGAUAGCAGACGCCUGUGAGAUGACAAUAGAUGAGAUGGAGAGUGCAGCCAGCCACCUGCUGAACGGCGGGGUGGCCCCCAGCAUCAACGGGGUCAACGUGUUCCCCAUUCUGACCCCGAGGGACUACGAACUGCAGGACGCCACAGUCAGCUACAGCGACGAGGAGCCGGAGACAGAACCCAGGGCGCCUUACGAGGAGGACCUGGCGGACGAGAUGAUAUGCAUCACAACGUUAUAGCAGUGGCUGGAGAACUCUGCAAACUAGAACCCUGUCAGACUACCAUCAGUGAAAAUAAACAAAUAAAAUGCAUCUAUUGGCUCUGACCAAAAGAAGUGCCUUUUACAUUGAAGAGAAAAGGCACCUAGAAGAGAGACACAUUAGUCCCGUCUGUUUAAUUCUUCUCCACCUGCCAGCAAAAGGAGGUCACAGCACAGAGUCAGCUACCACCCUGCUGCUCCGAGAGGACUGACCACACCUUCCUGUCUGAAGCCUCAACUGGGAGGUGUCAUUCUGGUCCAGCACUCAACCAAUCAAAGAUGAGGACAUUGUUGUCAGUGAAGGAGAUGGACCCAAUGGCAAAGGUGUGAGAUACUGGAGGGCGGGUCUCUUAGGGUGAUGACAAUCAGAUGUAAGAUGUCAUUACCUCAGUCACUUUAUUAAGGUUUGGCAUAUCAUGCAAGUUUUCAAUGCAAGCAUAGAAAGGCAUAUCUCCUCCCGUAGUCAUUAGAAUAACUUGAUCACUAUGUUGUUAGAACAGAACAUUUAAAUGAUUGCUAUAGCCGAGUCAAAAAGAGAAGAGCACCAGUAAAGUUGUACCAGAUUAUGCAGGAAAUAACUGUCCUACUUAUAGCAUCAUUCAACUUGAGAUAUGUACUUUUGAAGCGUCAAAAAGCAUUUGUUAUAAAUGCACUAGCAGGCAGGUUAUUUUAAAUUUUAGAAUAGCCUGAUUAAUAUUUCAUAGUUGAUAUGCUGUAAAUUGUAUUAUAUAACAAAAGAAAACUUUGUAAAGAGAUAAUCUAUAUUUUGUAAUUAUGUACCAUUUAAAAGAUCAGCAAUAUGGACCCUUGUGACUCUAUUAUGCUAUAAAGGCAGAAUUGCAUUAUUUUAUUAGGUACAAUAUUCUGAUUAUUUAUUUGCCUUUUAUUUUAUGUAUUUAUUUAUUUAUUUAUUUAUUUAUUUUGCUAAUAUGCACCCUUUACUUUGCCUAUGGAAACAGCAUUUUUAAGAAGUUAUGCUUGUGUGACAACACUACUGCACAAGAUAUGCAAAUGGCUUUGUUUUAUGAGCAUAGGAGCAUAUGUGUUACACCAAACCAACACCAGUUGCAUAAGGUUAAGCCCCCUUUAAAGGAGCAUUUUUAGAAGGUAAGCCUCAAGGAUCCUGUGCUGAAAUUUUAUACAGAUGUGACAAACACAUUUGUUUGCAUAUUUUGUGCAGGGCAUGCACAAGAAUUUAAAAUGCAUAGUGCAUUAACAAUGCUGCUUUUUUAGUUGGUUUCAGAGUCAAACCUAGGUUUCAUCAGCCCCUGCUGAAAUGCCUUUUGCUGCUGAAAGAACGAAAAAAUGAUAGGUGUUAAUAACAGGGAUAAAUUAAUAUGUGUCUCUGCUUGUGCCGGGAGUUUCCUGGACAGACUCUGUGUCGGUCAUGGUGUGAUUCCAUUAAACCUUUAUACCAGAUCUUUGUAAUCAUAUCUUAGCCUUCAUGUUGUGUGUGUGAGGGCUUGGACCGAGCCUGUGGCAGUAGGAGACACACACACACGCACGCACACACACACUCACACACUCACACACACACACACACACACACACACACACACACACACACACACAGAGGCUGUUCACAGGUGAGAGAUGCUUUUGUGCUCUGGGUGGAAAGACAGAGGGUGUCCUCGCAUCAGGAUGUGUUCCAGCUGGAGAGAGGCUAAGCAAUACUACCCCCCCACACCUCUUUCUCAGCCUGCCCGGUUCCUGCAUACAGUAUACCUCGUUAGGCAUCGGGGACAACAUAUCAUUGUCUCAGCUUGUCUGUUUGUCAGUGUCCCACAGUGGAGUUUUAGCGAGAGAAUUGAGUUGAGUGGGGUGAAGCUGCCCCUUGAUCCUGGUCAUUCAUUUGCUUUGUGUUUUUCCUCUCAUCAUAUAUUUAAAUUAAUUAUUUUGGGAGGGUGAACUGAUCGUGGACCCGUAACAAGGGACAACCGAAGCUCGCAAGUUGGAAUACGAGACAAGAAAUCCUUUUGUUUUCAUCAGGCGUCAUCAAAUAUGAAUCUAUCACAAUAAGGAUAGUGGACAAAAUACUUUAAAUUGAGCUUUUUCAGGCAAUACCCUGGAGAGAUUGAAUUAGCACAGAGGAUAUUUUAGGGUAAGACAACUAUGUGAUCUGGUGUUCAUGAGUGUUUGAUUUGUAGUUGAGUGCAUACUGUACUCUAAUUCAACCGAAUACUGUCAUGAAAAUGUAGGUUUUCCACUUUGUGUGCACAUUGAAAGGGCUCUUUGAAUUGUUUGUGAGUAAAAAAAAAUGUGUUCUAGUCCUUUUGUUGAUGACUAUCAUAUAAAAGGACCAAUGCACAUAACAGGCACAUUGUACUAUUCGUAGCAAUUACAGUACUGAUGAACUGAAGAUAUGCAUUAUUUUGUAAACACUUUUAAAAGUUGUGUUAAACUAAAGAUGAAAACAACUUACUUUUACCUCAUGUCAGGGAUUCCUGAAAAAAAAAAGAAAAUAAUGAUUUGGUUCAGUCUAUACCAAUGGUAUUUAAAUAUUAGCACAUAGCUGUUUGUCUUUGCACAAGUAACUGUAUAGUGCUUUUGUUUCUCCUUUUUCUAAAGAGAUUUGUGUAUUAAGGUGAGACAAUUUUGUACUUUUUGUGACUGUGUGUAUGGUUUAGUGACUUAUAUAUUUGUCAUUUACACCUCACCUUACAAUGCUGGGAAUGAAAGAGUAUUUAAAAAAAAAUAUUUUCAAGGUGCACUGUUCCUCUGUUCGCGGGUAAGGAAAAAAAAUCCAAUGGUAAAGUACCAGUUUACAGAGAAACACCUAUUGAUUUGAACAUUUUUAUUAGUUUUCAUCAUAUUGUCAUGAUUAUAAUUACUAUUACAACUAUUAAUGUUCUUAAUGAUGUAUUAAAAUAGAGGAUAAUGUAAAAUAUGUACAAAAGUAUGGAAAGACCCAUGGUAAUGUUCUCUACUUGAAAGUCUUGAUAUUUGCUCUGUAAUGUUUUUAUUCAGUAAACAUCAUUUCUCUUAGUAGCAAAUGCUUUACUAUAACCCUCUAGGUUUUGUAUCAAUACAUUUUUUGUAUUUUUCCAUUUUAUUUUGGCCUCAACUUUAUUUGAAUCAAUACUGAUAUUUUAUUUUCUAUUAUUAUUGAAUAAACUUAUGCUGAA